GCACACUUGAACCGAGCUGCUCUAUGAAGGUAGGCUGCAGCGUGUGUUUAUUGAUGAGAUGAAAAGAAGAUGGAAGUGAGAAAUGAAACAAAGUAAAGGAACAUAUUGAAAAAAUAAAACUACGCGCUUCGUCGGGGGAAAAUAGGGGGAGCCGAGGAAACGCUGUCGGCCACUUUUGACAAGCUUCGAAGUGCAGGUUCAUGGCCAGUUCAGCCUUUCCUGACAUGCUUUGAGAGGAAGGCAGGGCAACACCCAGUGCAGGUCACACAGGCAAACAAAGACACACUCACACAGAGCAGCACAUGAUUUGGACAGAGAGGACUGACAGCCUUGCCUUGCACUCGGCCUCUGAUCAGCCAUCUCCACCAGCAAACUGAAGUUUGACCCGCACUUCAUCACCAGCCACACAAGCAUCUUUGGAACAAAACGUCAUCUAACUGUGACAUCAGUUGCAAGGGGAUGACCGAGCGCAUUCAUAACAUCAAUCUUCACAACUUCAGCAAUUCUGUACUUGAGACCCUCAAUGAGCAGCGCAACCGUGGGCACUUCUGUGACGUGACUGUUCGGAUCCAUGGAAGUAUGCUGCGUGCUCACCGCUGUGUGCUGGCUGCUGGAAGCCCCUUCUUUCAGGACAAGCUGCUCUUGGGCUACAGCGACAUUGAGAUCCCUUCUGUGGUCUCGGUGCAGUCCAUCCAAAAGCUGAUUGACUUUAUGUACAGUGGGAUUUUGCGGGUGUCUCAGUCAGAGGCCUUGCAGAUCCUUACUGCCGCCAGCAUCCUUCAGAUUAAGACCGUCAUCGAUGAGUGCACACGCAUCGUUUCCCAGAAUGUGGGCCUGGCUGGGCCGGGUGAGUUCCCUGUUAUACCGGGAGACUCUGGUCAGGAAACACCCCGCGGCACGCCAGAGUCAGGAACCUCCGGGCCCAGCAGCGACGCAGAGUCGGGUUAUAUGCAAGCAACAUCACAGCAAAGCAUUGAUCGUGCAUACACAUCACUGUACUCCUACUCUGGCCUCUCGCUGCAGAACGGCACCCGUGAGCGCUCCAUGUACAUAAACCCUCUGUCUUCAAACUACGACACCACUCUUGGCACUCAGAAGAACCAGCAAUCUCAGAAUCCGCCCUGGAUGAACCGCAUCCAGGAGAGAUCUCAACAGGUCGACCGCUUCAUCUCCACAGCAGAGUCCACUCACUGCCGCAAACAGCCCCGACCGUCGCGCAUCCAGACGGGAGGAUUGCACAUAAAGCAGGAGGCCGAAGACGAGUACAGCUGCUAUGAUAAUUUGGGGGAUUGCCAAGACGACACCGACCAUACUGAGGGUGUAGAGAGCGAGACCAAGGUUGAAAGUUUUGACUCAGGUGUGAGCUCCUCCAUCAGCACCGAGCCAGACGCUAUGGAACAGCAGCCGUUCCUGAUGGGCUUUAGAGAGGGGGGCGGCGAAGGGCAGCAAGGUGAAGGAGGGGGUCCUGUGCAUAUAGAGGUCAACGACUCGUCCCCUGAGCAAGUGCAAGAGAUGGACGACGGGGACACAUCCCACAGCACUAGUGACAGUAGCAUGAUGCAGACCCUGCCAUACUCAGUCAUGUCCCAGUCCCUGCCGAGUGCCCAGCACUACAUGCGCAAGGCAGAAUCACACACCAGCAACCUGAGGAUGCCGAUCACCGUGACCAGCAACUCCCAAGUGAUGGGCCCUGGUGGAAGCCCCUUCCUGCCCACACUCUUUCCCACUCAGCCGGCUAGAGACAGCAAGCCUUUCCUUUACCUUCCUGGCCAGCAGCAGCCCCAGUUCGUGGCAGUGCCGCCCCCUGCAAUGCCAUCAUUCCCCAACCCAAUGUCGGUACAGCAACCAUCUCAGCAACAACAGGCUGGAGGAGGGAUCAGUGCGGGGGAGAAGAAGCCGUAUGAAUGCACUCUCUGCAGUAAAACUUUUACUGCUAAACAAAACUACGUCAAACACAUGUUUGUCCAUACUGGUGAGAAACCUCAUCAGUGCAGCAUCUGCUGGCGCUCAUUCUCCCUGAAGGAUUACUUAAUCAAACACAUGGUGACACACACAGGAGUGCGGGCCUACCAGUGCAGCAUCUGCAACAAGCGCUUCACCCAGAAGAGCUCCCUCAAUGUCCACAUGCGGCUGCACCGUGGAGAGAAGUCCUAUGAGUGCUACAUCUGCAAGAAGAAGUUCUCACACAAGACCCUGCUUGAGCGGCACAUGGCUCUGCACAGCACGGGCAGUGCCAUUAUGGGGCUAUCGGGGAGCGCCGUCAACCAGGGCCCUGUCUCCAUUCCCAUGCCGAUGGCCGUCCCGGAUCCCGGAGCAGGAGUGGUGGCCCUCGCCAUGCCCGUGAGCGGAGGUGCUGGAGUAGGGGCCGGGGUUGGAACAGGAGUGGGUGUAGCUGCAGAAGCGAGUUGCCAAGAAGGGACCACCUAUGUGUGCUCCGUCUGCCCUGCCAAGUUCGACCAAAUGGAGCACUUCAAUGACCACAUGCGAAUGCAUGUCUCCGAUGGAUAAGUACUAGUAGAUAAACUCCUUUCAAAAAGAAUGACAAAUAAAUGGCACUAGAUUUUC